AUGGGCCGCGCGUUCGCGUACGUGAUCCUGGGCGGCGGCGUGGCCGCGGGCUACGCGGCGCUCGAGUUCGCCCGCCGCCGCGCCGGCGCCUCCCCCGGCGAGCUCUGCAUCAUCUCCGACGAGGCCGUCGCUCCUUACGAACGCCCUGCACUGAGCAAAGCCUAUCUGCUCCCACAAGGCGCUGCUCGUCUCCCGGCGUUCCAUACCUGCGCUGGUGCUAACGAUGAGGUGCUCACGGAGCAAUGGUACAAAGAUCACGGCAUCGAACUUGUUCUUGCGACGAGGGUGAUCUCGGCCGAUGUCCGCCGGAAGACGCUGCUCACGGACUCCGGGGAAACCAUCGGCUACAAAACCCUCAUCGUCGCGACAGGCGCCCGGGCCUCGGAGCUGGAGGAAUUUGGGGUUCGCGGUUCGGACGCGGCCAACGUGUGCUACCUGCGCAGCCUCGAGGAUGCCGAUAGAAUGGUGGGGGUGAUGAGAUCAUGCCACGGUGGAAACGCCGUUGUGAUCGGCGGUGGUUACAUAGGAAUGGAGUGCGCGGCGGCCUUGGUUGCCAAUGAGGUCAAGGUCACCAUGGUCUUCCCGGGAAAACACUGCAUGGGUCGUCUUUUUACACCCAAGAUUGCUGAAUUUUAUGAGAAGUACUACGCUGCAAAAGGGGUUGUUUUCGUCAAAGGAACCGCGGUUAAAUCCUUGGAGGUCUCAGAUGGGAAGGUGGCUGCGGCGAUCCUGCGAGACGGCAGGCGGCUUCCCGCGGACAUGGUGGUCGUCGGCAUCGGCGCUCGCGCCAACACCGGCCUCUUCGACGGCCAGCUGGCCGUGGAGAGAGGCGGGAUCAAGGUGAACGGGCGGAUGCAGACGAGCGACUCCGCCGUGUACGCCGUGGGCGACGUGGCCGCGUUCCCCGUCGCGCUCCUGGGCGGCGCCGUGCGCCGGUUCGAGCACGUCGACUGCGCGCGCAGGACCGCGCGGCGGGCCAUCGAGGCCAUCCUGGAGCCCUCCGGCGGCGCCGCGGAGGAGGGGAAAGCCUUCGGCUACCUGCCGUACUUCUACUCCAGGGUCUUCGCCCUGUCCUGGCAGUUCUACGGCGACAACGCCGGAGAAGCCGUCCACUUCGGGGACUUCUCGCCGCCGGGAGCCGGAGGAAAGGCAAAGUUCGGCGCGUGCUGGGUCAGCGGAGGCCGGGUCGCCGGCGCCUUCAUCGAAGGCGGGAGCCGGGAGGAGAACGAGGCGAUGGCGAGCGCCGUGCGCAGCCGGGCGGCGAUCGCGGACGUGGCCGCCGAGCUCGGGAGCCGCGGCCUCGGGUUCGCCGACGAGGAGAGCCGCCGCAAGGGGGUGCGUCGGGGUGGGCUCGCCUCCGGCGACAGGCCUACCUAUGCGCGGCACGCCACGGUCGGGGUCGCUGCGGCGGUGUCCAUCGCGGCGUUCGUGUACUGGUACGGCUGGAUGGCGCCGUACGUGGUGAAACGUGACUUCGCCGACCCUAAGUUAUGA